CUGAGCAGCUGCCUACAGACUCCACCUCACUAACUGUUAUUGCCGGCAUCGCAAUAAGUACUCACCAAACCCUCAUCUUAAAUGGCGCCGUUCGUUUCAGCGGCUGGAGGCGGUACUUAAAAUGGCUGGCGGUAGCGCCUGCGCCUUAACUUAGGCAGUUACUGCGGCCUGCCUGGUUCCAUUGUGUAUCCGCGGAGACGAGGGGGGAAGGCUGAGAGGGGCUGCUGUCUUCGUGUAGGGAUGGAACCGGACCCGCUAGGAGAUGGCGUCGGCACCGGCCGUGAGGGGCCUGGCGGGGUGGCUGGCCCGUCAACGACCACCCCUGGGCUCACGGCCUCUCAGCGCCGGGCUGAGAUUCGCCGGAGGAAGCUGCUGAUGAAUUCGGAAGAGAGGAUCAAUCGAAUAAUGGGUUUCCACCGGCCAAAGGCGGAUGAUGACACCCAUUCAGAAACAAAACUUCAACUGGAACAAGAUAAAUCGGCCAUUCCUGCUCCUUCUGUUUCCAAGCGUGUUGUUCUUGGUGAUACUGUCUGCAGUCUGGCAGGAACAGCUGACCAUGGAAGCAGUGCAAUAGAGCACAAGGCAGAAAAAAAGGACUUGUUUAAUAUAGCUCCUGAGGUUGGUAGUGAUGGCACAAGUGAACUCCGGCAGCGCAGUAGAGGUGAUCUGAUGGAGCAGCGAACAUCUCAGCAUGGCCUAGACCAGUAUUUAUCAAGAUUUGAUGAAGCUAUGAAAUUAAGAAAUCAGCUGAUAAGUGAGAAGCCAAGCCAGGAAAAUGGAAAUGCUGCAGAGGAAUUUGAUUCCUUCCGUAUUUUUAGAUUAAUUGGUUGUGCACUCCUUGCCAUGGGAGUUAGAGCUUUUGUGUGCAAAUACUUGUCAAUAUUUGCUCCAUUUCUUACCUUACAGCUUGCAUACAUGGGAUUGUCUAAGUAUUUCCCAAAGAGUGAAAAGAAGACAAAGACUACUGUACUAACUGCUGCUCUUUUACUGUCUGGGAUUCCAGCAGAAGUAAUCAGUCGUUCAAUGGACACGUAUAGCAAAAUGGGGGAUGUCUUUACAGACCUUUGUGUCUAUUUCUUUACUUUCAUCUUCUGCCAUGAACUGCUUCUGUUCUUUGGUUCUGAAGCACCAUAACUGUGGAACUCAGUGUGAUACUUCAACAUAACUGCAUCAAUCUUUAUUCUGUAAAUAUCUGUGAAUACACACACAGGGUUGAACUUUUAUUCAAUUCUUACUUAUUUCAGUGCAGCUUAAAAUACACUUCUGAUUGAGAGGUCCCAACUUCAAAGCUAAGGUUGGUAAAGCUUCAAUAUAGUGCAUGGUGACUGAAAUACGGAAGAUAGAAUAUAGUUCUCAAUGCAAAACUAGAGCCUUUCUUUUAAAUUAGAAUAUGACCUUUCUCACCCUCUCACAGAUAUUGGCACAAACUAUGAUCUUUCUCUCUAGCUCUACAUUGUGAGAACAUGGCACAACAGAUGUCUUGUGCUUGGUUGAACUGCUUAUACAUUUAUUAGAACUUCCUAUGAAUUACUACUUACCACUUUUAUUCUCCUAAAUCUGACUCUAUACUCUUUAGCUACAAGAACAUCCCGACAAACAAUACCAACUGUAGCUGGUGUUUCUGAAACAGAUGAUGUGUCAUCAUCCUUUUACUUCCUGCUUAGAUGGUAGAGUUCUGUUUGUUGUGAAAGGUGGAUUUGAAAUAGGAAUGCUAAAGCAGAGAAUGGAGCAAUGAGGCCCAGCCUGAUUCAUGUGUAUGUUUUCUCUCAACAUUUAAUAGCUCUUCCAUCUGAGUUGGUAUCCUGAUUCCCAGUAUUUACAUAUCUGUUGUAAUAUGCUGUGUAAAGUAACCAUUACCAGUUAACAAGCUGCUCUUUUGAAUGGCUAGACUUCUGUACCUAAGCUAACCCUAGUUCUUUUCGUUUUUCUGGUUUAGCAAGUUUUUUUUUAUUCCUUGUAGUGUAAAGAAAGGUAGGCUUCAGCAUCAUAUUUUCCUUUCCAAGAAUAUGCACAUGUAAAGUUUACUCCGUUUCAUAUGAACACUUCUGAGAUAUCACUACAUUUUCUAGUAAUAGGGCAGCACUGUGACUUGUGAAGGUACAAAUGACUGUUUAGGCUGGUUUUUUGUCAACUGCUUAGUGCUUCACAUUGGCUUAGUAAAUGGGGGCACAGAGCAUGUUAAAAUUACAUAAUAAAUGCUGGCUUUUAAAAAAUGCACUAGAAAUUAGGUCUAACUCAUCCCAAAAAUUACUUAAAGUAAUUUCCCAUCAAAACCAAUAGGAUUUGAUUCUAAGUGAAUGGUUUAAGAUUGGUUCAUCGCUAAAGGGGUUUGUUACUGGCUUGUACAAUGAUCAAGCCUUUAUUUGGCUUUCAUUAUUGUUCUUCACUUAAUGCAGCCUGUUGUCUCUCUUCUCCCUCUCUUUGAAGUUCCUUCAGUAUAUUACAGUUGUUGUCUAUCAUGAUAUGAUAGAUUUUUUUAUCACUUGAUUUGAAGAAUGUAUAACUAAAGUAAGGGCUAGUGGAGAUACAGCCUAAGACCAUGUUAUAGGAAUUGUGUGCCUCCUGCUUCAUGUGAGAAAUCCCUCUCUUCCCAUUUGUGUCUCCCUGUCUUUUGGUUUGGCAUUGUGACUAUUGUUAUUCCCUAAUGAAAGGUGCUGCUUAACUUCCAAUUCAGAACCCGUAGCCCACUCCCAGAACUUAAACACUAUUUACUUAUAUUUACAUUGGCCCUACAGGUUCAAUGGAAAAUAUGAAAUGCCAGUUGAGGGGAUUAGGCUGCUAUAGAAUAUUUUCUAGUGUUGUGAAGGAUGAGUGGGUUUUCUCUUGGCUUCUGAUGUUGAGUGUCUUGAGAGUAGAAUGCCCUAUCUAAACAAUUUGGAAGCUUGGGUGUUACUAACCAGCCACUCUGUCUGGGAAUUUUCUCCUACCUCUAAGUCUUAUCAAGUUAUCACUGAAACUCUGUCAUUACAUAAAGUUUCUCCUUUUAGAAGUGGUAUUUACAGUUUUAGUACUUUCGUUAACAGGUUUUAUUGGGAAGUAAAAUUGGCAAUAUGUUGGAUCUCAUGAGCCCUCUGCUCAUGAAAAAGAGAAGCAGACAACAUCACCCAAUUCCUCUUCUAUACUGUAGCUUACCAUGCCAAGUGGAGUAUGAUCCAUGAGGCUCCCUCUGCUCCCAAGCAUCAGGUUUUGUGCUUGCAAGGCUUACUUGGAAAUUAGGGAAAGCUUGUCAGAAUCAACUCAGAGUUUCUUAAAAACAGACAAGACUUCCUCAACAGUUUGUUUUUAACUUUCUUGUGUUUAAUUUUAAUACUCUAUUUGACAAACCAGACUUUACAAUUUCUGUUAUGUAGGAAAUGUCCAGACAUGGGGUCUAUAGAAGGGGCAUAGAUACACAGGAGAAAACUGCAAACAGCUGUAACUUUGCUUCCUAGCUUUGCAGUAGCAAUUCCCACUGUUAAAAUGACAAGGUUUUGUUAAGUUUAGAAAGCCACUUCACUCCUUAGCAGUAGGAAAUAGUUACUGGAGAACUGUAAGCAAAGCUCUGCUUGUAUGUUAUUUCCCAUGUACAUCUAUCCUUUUGGUUUUUGACAUGUUCUGUUGUGUUCCAUAGGCUUUGUACGACUGUAUAUAUCUGGAUAUAUAUCUGGAUAUCUACAUGUUCUUGUACAUAACGUAAGUCCUGUUUUACUAUGUUUCUCCAGGCUGAAGUAUUGUAUUAAUAAGUAAUGGAUGGACAGAAGAUUCAGAAAAGUGGCUUGGCAAAUAGCUAAAACUGAGUUGAAGAUUUUGUGUAAUUGCAGAAAUGCUCCAUCUUCUCCAUAGAAAUGUGUAAAAUGCAUUGAGCCUUUCAUCAUUCCAAACUAGUAAUUUCAGUUUUUAAAGUUAAGCCAUUAUAAAUUAACAAUAUAAAUUGUGACCUUUCCUUGGUAUUCUUGAUUCCUGUUUGUCAGAAUUUCCAAGCUGGAGUUUUAAACAGCAAUAAAAUAUGAAUUCCAGAUCUAAUUGGAUCUUUUUAUUUAAAAUACAUGUAGAGUUUAAAAACAAGAAGAUAGAACCAUCUUAUAUGGCCUUCUUCUCUGCAGUGAAAAGAUGUAUAGGAUAUAGUAACAGGUAAAUGUUCAAAAGGUGUCUGAUAUGUGUUACUUUUACAAAACUAGAGUUUCUCUGUAUGGUUAAUCUCAUAUGUAUGUCCAUUGUAGUGUUUAUUUCUGCACUGGUUCUGUUAAAUUUAUUAAAAUUAUCUUUGUUACAAUUUC